GCGGCCAGUGCGUGUGGUCCUCGUGACCGGUUCCAGCGGCUUCCUGGGACAGCACAUCGUCCGUCUCCUCCAGGAAGGAAAAGAACUGCCGACAGUCCGGGAGAUACGGCUCCUCGACACCAGGCCCUACCGGAACAGUCUCGGACACGGGACCAGCGUGCCUAUGAAGGAGACCGUAGCGAGCGUUUGCAAUGCUCAGGCGGUGAAAGCAGCCUUCGAAGGAGUGGACUGCGUAAUCCACUGCGCCUCGCUCAUCGACGUCGGCUUCUUUCCGGACGCCAAGCUCAUGGAGGAGGUUAACGUGCAAGGCACGCAAAACGUGAUCGAGGCCUGCGUGGACAAGAACGUUCCUCUUCUGGUGUUCACGGGCACUGUUAGCACCGACCACAACCCGUCCAGCAAGCGAGAGUGCUCGGAGAUGCACUGCUACCGGGGGCCCUACGGCGAGACAAAGCAGAAUGCGGCCAAGUUGGUGAUUGCCGCCAGCGGACGGCUCCUGGCCGACGGAAAAACACGUCUCCGGACGCUGAUUCUACGCCAGACUCCAAUCUAUGGAGAGCAAGACCAGAUGUGCAUCACACAUAUCAUGCAGUACGCCGGGCUGACCAUGAACAAGCUGGUGAAAGUCGGCAAGGGCUUUCAGAUCAUGUACGUUGGAAACGCCGCAUCGGCGCAUCUUUGCGGAGUGAGAGCGCUUUCCGAGAACCCCACGAUCUCAGGGCGUGCCUUCACCAUCACCGACGACACCCCUGCGGACAUGUACGAGUUCAUGCGGCCGUUCCUGGCGUGCCGCGGCUUCGACGUCUUCCCGAUCGCCAUGCCCUACCCCGUGGCUCUGCUGCUGAGCAUUUUGCUGACGCUCCUGCUGGUCCUGGUGCGGCCCUUCUUCAAGCUCUGGACGCCCCUGAUGACGCCGUCGGCGGUGACCUACACCUGCUACGCGCCCUUCUUGGACGGCAGUGACGCUCGGGUCGCCCUCUCCUACAAGCCUCGGUUUAGCGUUGAAGAGUGUGUGCGCAGGUCGCUGCCUUAUUACCGCACGGUAAAGCUCUGAACGCGGGACAGAUCGUUCACGCGACGUGCAGUCGUACAUUGUGUGGAUGUCGCACUGGCACCUAUUUUCCGUCCAAAACAAGUCGGCUUGGACCCUUACCACAUAGAAGACAAGGCUCGCGCCUUUCCCCCCUCGUCCAUACUUGAUCACUAGUGGAUGCACGCAGUGCCACCCACCUUGCGUCAGCACCGCCGCCAGCGAACCUAGCGUCUCCCAACGAAAGUAAGGCUAGCACACGAUGUCGUCAAGACAGAAGCGUCUGCUUCUCUGCUGUUGCUAACUUCACAGUGUUUGCCGCUUGAGGUGGGUCGUAUCCGCUAACAAUGACCACAUGCGCAGGCGUUGUCUUCUAUAGGAGGCAUUGGUUGGACCAGUAGCACCUAGAAUACAAAGUCUAUACCAAACAUGCUAGUGGGAUUGCCACUGAGUGUCGUCGACUACAAUGUGGUUGAUCUCACUCUUAAUAAAUGCCUGCUGCAGCUUGACUGCGAAAGAAUAGACCUAUUGCUAUAUUACCCAAGCAUCAAGGAGAAUGCAGGGAUUGGUGUUCCACGCGUCGCGCUUGCUUGCCUCAGCAGUAGUAAAUUUUCUAAAGCAAAAACCUAAACAAUUUGUAUCUUGCACGGGCGUUCGUCAACGCUUUAUUUUGGUUAUUUACUUGGCACCUUUUAUACGGGGAAGGCGUGCGCGUGUGGCGCGUGGAACACCGAUCCCUGCAUUCGCCUUGAUUCUUAAGUAAUAUAGCAAAUGGUCUAUUGCCGAUGCUCCGCUUCGUAAGUUGAAUCGGCUCUGUGAGAACAUACCGUCACAAGUGGUCUAUAGAAGUUUAGCGAUCGACGUUUAUUUACAUUAUGUACAGUUCAGCUGAACUGCUGGCCUAGUCUUAGAAUUCAAUAUGCCUCAAAGCACAAUAGUUCCCUUGGUCUUCUUCCUUUUCUGGUCACUGGCGGGCCUGAUAGCCGCUACAGUACUCCUUUAGUCGGCGAGACGGUUCUGGGAAAAAAAUGGACGUAGCGGUGUGCAGGUUUGCCCACAUAAGUUAUCGGUGAGUUGGUAUCAGGUGAUUCAAUGUGCGCAGGUUUGAGCCUGUCGAUUGAUAUUCUCUCAGGCUUGCCGUUCAACAGUAUCUCGAAGUGUUGUAGAGUUAUUUUGAGAACUGGGAACGGACCAUCAGAGGGUGCGUGAAGGCAGCGCCGCAAAACGCCCUUCCGCAUGAAAAUAUGGGUGAUUACAGAAAGGUGUCUAUCUGCUAACGAAAACGGUGCCUGUUGAUGAGUGUCUUGCUGGUGUGGGAUAUAAUUGCGACAUAGCAUCUUUGAAACAGUGAACGUAGCUCAAUAGGUCGGGGGUGAUCACUGAGUCAGGAGGGAUGAAAUAUUCCUGCGGUAGGCGAAGUGUCGUUUCAUAAACCACUUUGGCGGCUAAGCAUGAACGUUGACCUCUGAAGAUUCUUCAAAGACCCAAAAGCACUAGAGGCAACGAUUCUGUCAAAUGGGAUUCAACCUGUAGGGCAAUGAGGGCGGUCUUGAGAUGGACGAUUAAACAUUUCAACUAAUUCA